CAGAGGAGUCGAACAUGUCGAGUUUGCUUGCGUUUGGCAUUUAAGGCUAGCGGUGUAAGAAAAGGGUCAGAGCAUGGAGGUCAACGAGCCCGGUACCGAUCCCCACACAUCUGGGAAGACAAGAAAAGGUGGAUUCAGAGCCGCCAUGUUCGUCUUCGCCAUGUCGGGGAUGGAGAAUGUUGGCUUCAUAGCAAACAUGGUGAGCUUCGUGCUGUACUUCAUGUACGUAAUGCACUUCGAUCUGGCUGGCUCCUCGACCACUCUCACUAACUUCGUGGGUGCAACCUUCCUGCUCCCCAUCGUCGGAGGUUUCAUCUCCGACACGUACAUGACCAGGCUCAACACGGCUCUUCUCUUCGGGUUCUUCGAGAUCGCGGGUUACAUCCUUCUCGCCGUUCAAGCUCACAAGAGCAGCUUGCAUCCUUGCCCGACAUGUCGCUUGGAGGGACGAAACGCGCUGCUUUUCCACGCGACCUUGUGUCUCUUGGCGAUAGGCUUCGGAGGGACACGGGGGUCGUUCCCUGCGCUUGGAGCAGACCAGUUCGACAAGAAGAACCCCAAGCAGAAGCACCAAAUCACCACCUACUUCAACUUUAUGUUGCUCAGCGUCACUCUGGGCGCCACUGUGGGGGUGACGGUGAUCGUCUGGGUGAGCACCGAGAAGAAACAGUGGUCAUUGGCUUUCUUGAUAUCCAUGUUGCUCGCCUUGCUUGGCUACGCCUUCCUCGCUGCCGGGAAGCCUUUCUACCUCGUCCGCGUUCCAGGAGACGGCCCCCUCCUCAAGCUCAUCCAGGUCGUAGUUGUUGCAUUCAAGAAUCGGAAGCUGACCGUGCCUCAGAAUUCCGAUGAUCUGUAUGAGAUCAAUGAGAAAGUGGAUGAACAUGUCGAAGAAAAGCUACCACAUUCCAGCCAAUUGAGGUUCUUAGACAAAGCAGCGGUGCUGCCGGAAAACACCGGAGCAGAGCCAUGGAAGGUGUGCACGGUAACACAAGUAGAGGAGCUAAAGAUCAUCAUCCGCAUGCUCCCCAUCCUGGCCAGCACCAUACUCAUGAACACCUGCCUCGCCCAGCUUCAGACCUUCUCGGUGCAACAGGGCAACAUCAUGGACCUCCACCUCGGCUCCUUCGAGGUCCCGGCCGCCUCCAUCCCCGUCAUCCCCGUCGUCUUCAUGUCCAUACUCAUCCCCAUCUACAACUUCGUCUUCAUCCCCUUCGCACGCGGCAUCACCGGCCACCCUUCCGGCAUCACCCACCUCCAGCGCGUCGGCGUCGGCCUCGUCCUCUCUGCCGUCUCCAUGGCCAUCGCCGCCGCCGUCGAGCUGAAGCGCCGCAACGCGGCCGUCCAAGACGGCAAGCUUAUCAGCCUCUUCUGGCUGUCCUUCCAGUACGGCAUAUUCGGGGUGGCCGACAUGUUCACGCUGGUUGGGCUACUGGAGUUCUUCUACAGCGAGGCGCCGGCCGGAAUGCGCUCCCUCUCCACAUCCCUCUCGUUUCUCUCCCUCUCCUUCGGCUACUUCCUCAGCUCCAUCUUCGUGCAAGCCAUCAACGGCAUCACAGGGAGGUUGACGCAAAGCCGGCAGGGAUGGCUCCACGGGCUGGAUCUGAACGCGAACCGCCUGGAACUGUUCUACUCUUUCCUCGCCGUAUUGAGCUGCCUCAACUUUGGGGUCUAUCUCAUGUGUGCCAAAUGGUACAAGUACAGGGCGGAAGGUUCAGCGGCGGCCACUGUGGAAGACGCUGAGAGUACUGAUGCACCGGCCGAGCGCUCUCUCAAUGGUCUUGUGUCUCCGGAUAAGUUAACUGAUGGAUAGCCAGCAAUCCAAGGGUUGCAGAUGGAAGAAAAUGAUGCUGCUUCGUUUACAGCUUCCAUAUAUCUAUAUGUUUGUAGUAUUGCCAGAACCAAGUUAUAUGUAGAGCACGGAUCCUCUUCUGGCACAGUUAUGUGAAGAAAGAGAGAUGUAAUCUUUUCUCA